AUGGAAAUAUUUGACGGGUGCAUUUAUGUGGAAAUCCCUUACGCAAAACUUACUAACCCAAAUCAGGUGUUUGCAAGGGCCUAUACAGUAAAAAAUAGAUAGGAAUAUGAAGUUUCUGUAGGGUUUCAUACACUUAAGUAUAAACUUUUUAAAAGAUAUAGCCAAUUCCGUUUGCUUUAUAAAGAACUCAAGCACGAAUUUAUUUUUGCUGAUUGUUAUAAAAAUCUGCCUGAAUUUCCUAAAAAACAGAUUUUCGGCAAAAAAUUAAAAGCAACUAUUACGAAGCGUCGCCAAAAUUUGGAAAAAUGACUAAACUCAGCUCUGCAGAUAACCCAAUUUUUACCCCAUAUGCAGAAUUUCUUAGAAAUCCCUGAGAUGUAUCAGCCACUUGUGCAUGAUUUUACUCAAAGCCAUCAGUGUAGUCUUUCUGAUCUUGACUUAGCAGUUGCAUCUUUUAUUAAAAGGCUGUCAAAAUCUGAAAAAAAGCGUGGAAAAGCGAUUGAGAGAUUAGAAAAUGAGUUUUUUAAUGCAAGGCCUGAUAUUUCAGAACGCACAGCAUCAAUUUUGUUGUCAAGGCUUAUUCCACUGUGUGGGAUUCCUGGAGUAGGAGCCAAAGCUUUUGAUAUUUUAUGUUUAAUUGCAUGGCUACGUGAAUUUAGCCUAUUUUUAACAACCUAAUAAAUAGUAAAAUUUUGUGGGAAAAAAUCAAUUUUACCAAAAUUGCAUUAAAUUUUACAUAUUUUAUUAUAAAAAUGAGUAUAAAUCAUAUAAAUAAUGAUAAGAUUUAUCAAAGCUGACAAGCUGUGACAUGUUUCGAUACUAUAGUUUAAUCAUAGAUGUUAUGAUGAAAAUUGAUAUUGAUUUAUUGAGAGAAAUGAAACUAAAUUUGCAUUUAACAGGGAAAUUCCUAGCUGAACAAGCUUUUCACUUGUGUAAAAUAAUUGAAGAACAGUUAACUUUGAAAAGCUCUAGCAAUUUGCUUAUAUAUAUAUUAAAUAAUGAUAAUGAAGCUUUAGAAGCUUAUAGAAGCUGGACACGCCCAUUACUUUUUAUUAAAAAUAGCCAAGAAAAUAAUCCUCAAAAUACAGAAAAUUGGAAAAAAUUAAAUACUCACUCUACUCCUAUCAUAAAUCAAGCUAUUAUAUUGAAGUUUUGAUACAAUCCUUGAUUGAGCGAUUUUUUUAUAUUUAUCUGACAUAUAAAUAUUAGCGAUUAAUGGGUUUUAAUCUUUAAAUUUACUGCCUAAAUUAAAAAUUUCAUGAAAAAAAAAUAUUAAAAAUCAUAUUUCCUAUUUUAAGUUUUUUUCGUACUUUAUCAAAAGCAAGUUAGCAUUAUUCAGGUGGGCUAAAUAUUAAAUACAGAAAAAUAAGCCACCUUUUCGAGAUGAGCUUAGAAAUCGAAAUAGAAGCUUCAAUAGCGACUUUAGUAGAAAUUAUAACUGAGCCUGCUUUAAGGAAAAAAUGAGACUCUUUACUAUUAGAAUACGAUGUCAUAGAAAAUAUCAGCGAAAAUGAAUCUCUAGUAUCCAUCGUAUUUCUCUCUGAUAAAAACGAAAAAAUGGAUUUGGCCUUAAGCUGCAUAAUAAAUAUUCAAGAAAAUUACGCAUCAGUUGAAUACGCAUCAGUCGAAACCCCCAAAGUCCCAAUUAAUCCGCAAUUUCCCAGAGUCCAUUGCAGCGGCAGCAAAUAUGAAAUUUAUGAUAUGAGAAAUAAGCCAGAAGAAGCUCAAAGUGAUGGGGCAUUAUCUGAUAUACAAGGAGAAAGGAUUUCUGGCAGCAAUGAAUUUCGAAGUAAAAUAGUUUAUAAAACAAUAUUGAUGCCUGAUAUGACGAAGUUCCUAUGUAGUGAAUUUGUAGAAGAAACUAAUUUUAUCCCUUUUAAUAAGAAUAAAUUAUUUUUUUUAAAAAAAAAUGUUUUUUGAUAUUUAUUUAAAUAAUCAUAAAAGUUCAUGGAAAAAUUUAAAAGAGCUCGCAGAAAGCAACGAUUUUAAUUCAUUUCAUAGAACUCCUAGAGCUAAGAAAAAUACAAUAAUCGAAGCUUUGGAGCAUAAAGUGCAUUUCCACAGUUUAUAA